CUUUAUUCCGCUUUUUCACUCUUUUCAUAUCCAACAUGUCCAACCCCAAGGUUUUCUUCGAUGUCGCCGCCAACGGCAAGCCCCUCGGUCGUAUCGUCAUGGAAUUGAACGCUGAUGUCGUUCCCAAGACUGCUGAGAACUUCCGUGCUCUCUGCACUGGUGAAAAGGGUUACGGUUACAAGGACAGCAUUUUCCACCGUGUCAUUCCCCAGUUCAUGCUCCAGGGUGGUGACUUCACCAACCACAACGGUACUGGUGGCAAGUCCAUCUACGGUAACAAGUUCGCGGAUGAGAACUUCACCCUCAAGCACACCGGUCCCGGUCUCUUGUCCAUGGCCAACGCUGGUCCCAACACCAACGGGUCCCAGUUCUUCAUCACCACCGUCAAGACUGCCUGGUUGGAUGGCAAGCAUGUCGUUUUCGGCAAGGUCAUUGAUGGUAUGAACGUUGUUCAAGACAUCGAGAAACUCGGUAGUGCCACUGGCCGCACCACUCAAGAAAUCAAGAUCACCAACUGCGGUCAGCUCUAAAUUUACACUGUAACAACUCCAUAAAACAAAAAUUCUAGUGUAACAAGUAAUAAAUAGUUCAUUGCUUGCUUUUGAAUCUUUUGGCACCACCAAACAAAAGUAUGUUGUUUUGUUGUUUUGACAGUCUCCCGUCUUGAUUAAAAUU